AUGAAAGUCGUAGAGUUUCGUCUUAUUUUGCCCCUCACCCCUGAGGAGUACCGGCGCUGUCAGAUAUUUCUAAUUGCUUUAGCUGCUCUAGAGACAGCAGAGGCGCAAAAGGAGACAGGGGGGGCCCCAAGGGGCCCCCUAAUUCAGAUAUUGGCAUCAGAGGAUUAUUGUAAAGAUGGGGAGAAGGGACAAUAUACCCAUAAAAGAAUAGAUAUAGCGGACAAGCUGCCUGGGUGGCUCUUAAAGUUCGUAGAUCGCGGGAGUUGCGCCUUUGAAGAAAAGUCAUGGAAUGCUUACCCGCGCCUGCGCACGGAGUACGAGUCGGAGAAGUUCUCAAAGGCGAAGAUAUCCAUCACCAGCAAUCAUCUCUCGGGUGUCUGCACAGACGACAAUGCAAUAAAUUUGUCUCCUGAGGCCCUUCGCCGUAGGAAGAUUGACGUUAUUGAUAUUGUUAAUGAUGCAGGGGGGUCUGCUGCAGAGGAUCUCCGCUCGUGGAAGUCAGAGAAGGCCCAAUUUGGUCCCCUUGCUCCUGAUUGGUUUACCAAUGUACCAUUAGUACCCCCAAGGGCCCCCAGGGCCCCCCGUAAACCUAGGGCCCCCAUACAUAGGGGAGGGGGAGGCCCAAGAGGGGCCCCUAUGGGGGCCCAAACGGGAGGCACCCAGGAUGCUAACACCGGAGGUGCUGCUGACGGAUCAGCAGGAAAUCCAGGGGGGGGGCCAAUAAGUACCCAAGGAGGCCCCCCCAACAAUACAGGAGAAAACAGUGUUGGGGGCCCCUCAGGGUCUGGUCUUCCUUACGCUCGUCAGGGGAGUCCUUCGAAUACCGCAGGGGUUGACGUGGGCCCCCCAUUGGGGGCCCCCACCACAGGGUCCCUUGAUUCAGGGGUUCGCACCACAGGACCCGCCCCUGAAUCAGGGGCCUCCUUGGGGGCCCCCAUGGGGGCCCCCCAGUUAGUACCCGCGUACCCUCUAAUGACGUGCUACAAAUGCUUUGAAGUAGACUUCCCCUACUUUGGCAUUGUAUCAGGAAGAAUAGAGGGUUGGGUUGUUGCUGCUAUGAGGCAGCAGCUGCUGCACUACCAUAGGAAAGCCGUCAGCUGUAUGGACAGGUGGUACGACCUGUCUCUAGAAGAAGUUCGUGCCUUUGAAGAAGACGUGAGGGAGCAGUUGGCUGUUUUGUCUUCUCUUUCUCGCAAUGCCUCGGGGGCCCCUCAGCAGCAGAGGGGGCCCCCGGAGGCCCCAGAAGGGGUCCCCUCCACUGAGGCCCCCCCUGCAGCAACUUCUGAGGACCAAAGGGAGACUGCCUCCUCUUCGGACUCUGAAGACGGAGGAGAGGGGGGCCCCUCAGCAGACAAGAAGGGGGGCCCCCAGGGGCCCCUGCAAGACAUAGAAGAGACUUUAAAUGACCCUGAUGUCUAUACAGGACGCAAGCUGCUGCCGCUGCAUCUGUCCCCUCGCAGCAUUGCGCUGCUGCAGCGGCUGCAGCAGGGUCUACUCAAUAAAUUCCCGACCUACUCCCAGCAGCAGCAGCAGCAGCAGCAGCAGCAGCAGCAGGGGAGGAACCGGAGCUUCUCUGGGAGCAACCGCGAUAGCCCGGGCCCCCCCACACCAACUCCUAGGCGCGAGGGCCCCGUAAAGAAUGGAUACAUACAUAAAUUAGGGGAUGGUCUAUGGAGCAGCCGGUGGCACUUACGUUACUUUUUGCUGCGAGGGGGGAGACUGCAAUACUUUGAUGACCCAAGGGACCAAAAGGCUAAACAAGUCUUCUCUCUUGCAGGCGCCAAGGUGGGCUGGGCCCCAGAAAUGACCGAGAAACCCUUUUCCUUUUAUGUAGAGACUGCAGCUAAGAGGCGCAUUUACCUCAGCGGAAGUAACGAGGAAGAGUCUCGGGCAUGGCUAUCGGCAAUACGUGAUUCAGCAGCGGCAAUGGACAGCAGCAGCAGCAGCAGCAGCAGCAGCAGCAGCACAGGUUUAGCGGACAGCGCAUAUAUGGACCUUCAAGAGUUUGCAGUUACGUCCUCUCAGGCCUCUGGGGGGCCCCAUGGGGGCCACUCGGAAGCACCUGGGGCCCCGUACCUCUCCUCUUUGGGAGGAAGCCCUCCAACAACACAAGUUGACGGCAGUACCCUAAUGACAUCAGGGGCCCCCCCUCUUGGUCAGCCUGUCAAGGUAGCGGCAGUCUUUGCUUCGCAUGCAGAGCCACCAGCGCCGCAUGCUGUUGCUGCUGCUGCGUCUUCUGGGAGUCCAGCAGCAGCAGCAGCAGCAACGGAUGUGAAGGACCCAGGAAGCAGCAGCAGCUGUCCACCGUCUGCUGCUAGCGACAAUGGCAACGGGGAGGAAGAAGACCCGCUGCAGCAGCAGAUCUCUCAGCUGAAGGGGCCUUUAAAGGAGGCAAUUAGAGGAUUAACAGGGCGGUGGAGGAACAGUUGUUGUUUUGUGGGCGAAGAGGUGGGGGGCCCCCACAUGGCCUACAUGGCGCAGACCCAAGAGAAGGGGCCCCCAAGACAGGGGUCACCCCAAAAGAGAGGGGCCCUCAAGGGGCCCCCCAAACGAACCCUAUAUGAAGUUCUUGAGGAAGAAGAAGGAGGAGAAUGCAAGCAGUCUCUUGCAGCAGAAGUCGCUGCAGUGGGGGCGCUUGCUCUGUCGCUGCUGCUGCUGCUGCUGUCUGCUGCAUGCGUGGCUAGCUGCUGCAGCAACAUCUUGUCUUUCUCCUUUCUGUUCUUAAAUAUGCUGUUGGGUCCCCUGAGGAUCCUGAUAUUUGGUAUAUCGGAGUUUGGGGGCCCCUGGGGGCCCCUUAGUUUCCUGGGGGCCCCUCUGGCGUUGCUGGGAACUGCUGUCAGGGCAGCAGCAGCAGCUGCUGCUUCUGUUUUGCUGCUGUGGGUGGCCCUUCGGUGCUUCCUGCUGCUUCCGCGCUUGUGGGGCCCUGACGGGCAAGGGGGCCCCCAGAGGGCCCCCGUGCAGCUGAAGGCUGCAUGCAUUGCAGAGGGGCCCCCAGCGUCUGUGCUGCUCUCAGGGUUGCCUCCCGAUGCAAACUCCUUAGUAGCAGGGGGGCCCCCUGACCCCUCCAUUUUGGCUGUGGGUGGCCCCUUCUUAAUGUCGAAAGGCAAUGGCUAUCUCAUCUUUUCUCAGCUGUCUCCUGCACCUCUUGAGGAAUCGUUGGAGGCCCCCAAAGCGGACCCCAAAGCGGCCCUGCAAGGGGUCCCCCAAGAGGCCCCCCAAGGGCCUCCAGCAGCAGGGCCCCAGUGGGAGCUGCUCAAAGAAUGGGUUUGUUGGCUCUUCGGAGAAGGGGCCCCCGGGUACUGGGUAGAGGUGCUGACAGGAGGGGCCCCCCAGAGGCGGGCCCCUCUUGAUGGUGUAGGGGGCUUCGAGGCCCUAUUAAUAACCCCCUUACCCUAUGCCCCAACUGGACCCCUUGUUAGGGGACAGGAGGAGGUACAGUUGCUGCAGCAUCUGCUGCAGCAGCAACUGCUGCAGCAGCAGCAGCAGAGGGCGGAGAAGAAGAAGCAGAAGGGACACUGGUGUUUGGCGUCUCUUCGGUAUCAGAUAUCCCCCCAGCAUGAGGGACAGACGCCCCCCUCCUCUCCUGCUGCUGCUGCUGCUCCUGCUGUUGGAGGCCCUCCUUGUAGCAGCAGCAGCGAGACGUUGGCCUUCCAUCUGCAGCAUAGCGGGCUGUCUUCUACCUCAGCUUCUGGGGCCCCCUCUGCAUGCAUCGAGUGGAAAGAGGGGGGCCCCUGUCUAGUAACAUGGGUAGGGGCUCUACGCUGGGGGCCCCCAGGUACGGUACCCUCUUGGAUGGAGGCACUGCUAACGCAGCAAAAGGCAGCGGAGACAAUGCAGUGUCUCGUUAUGCAGCUGAGGGCCCGCAGGGGCCUCUCUUCUGGCAGCAGUACCCAGUGCAAUGACCCCUUGGGGGCCCCCUCCAAGGGGAUCCCCUCCCCUCUGCAUGUUAACUCAAAGGAAAGAAUGCUUGGGGCCCCUCUUGAUGGCCUAGGUAUACAACGGGGGGCCCCCAUGGAUAUUGCUGAGGGGCCCCUGUCGGAGUUUUAUAGGACUCAGGGAGCCCUCGAGGCCCCCAUGGCAAAGGCCUUGGCGAAGCAACGCUGCAGAGAUACAAUGAUCAGGCCUUAUCCUCUAGCAGGUUGGAGGAGGGGCCCCCAUGGCCAUCGUCUCCCCUCUAACCACCUCCUGCCCAUAGGGUUGCUGAGGCCCUCUUCGCUGCUGCUGCUGCUGCCAGACUGCAUGGCACAGGGGCCCCCCAUCCUUAAAAGAGCAGCGGCAGGGGGCCCCCUUGAGCGGUUUAAGGCCGCUCUAGCCUUUGCUGUCUCCAUUCUGCACAGAGGUUGUUGGCAAGCUCCUCCGCUGGCUGCACUCUUAGGAGAGACAUUUCAGGGUCAUUUAGAGGAGCCUGCGGGGGCCCCCACGGCACCUUUGGGGGCCCCCCUGGGGGUCCCCCAAGGGGGUUGGCUGGUGUACGUGGAGCAGACAGGUGUGGGGCCCCCAAGUACCCUAUUUUGUCUCUCGAGCCCGGGGGCCCUUGAGCAAGUAUGGGGACAUUUAACAUUUACUGUGGAGUACCAGAGAAAUGGUUGUAUUAUAUCUAUAGAGGGGACAGUUAAGGUCUCUUUCUUAAGAGAGGAGACUGUCUCCUUUUCUUUGCCUAGCUUAUAUAUAAAGGGCCUCGUGUGGGGCCCCCGUCUCUUCUAUUGGCAGGGGCCCCUUAAGGUUCAGGGUCAGCAUAUGCGCUGUACCCUCAUGGUUGCUGGAUACACCUCUAAGAGGGCCCCUCAUGGGGGGCCCCCGUGUGAUGAAGUCAUUGGUGUCGUGUUGCCUGGGGGGCCCCACCAGGCAACAGAUAAUAAUAGCCAAGGGGGGGCCCCAGGGGCCCCCAAGCCAUUGGGUAUUAUUACGGGCUCCUACACGGACAGGAUCUUCUGGGACAAUGAAGAGAUAUGGAGUGUAUAUACACCGCAAGCUUUGUCUCUCUAUCAUGUCCCUGAGGAGGAGGCCCUACCAAUAGACAGCAGGUUUAGGGUGGAUAGCAUGCUGCUGCUGCAGGGGGAAGAAGAAAAAGCUGCUGCUGUUAGGAGGAGACAGCUGGAGCUCGAGGCAGCAGACAUUGCCAGCCAACAAAAGGCCAUCGGCCGUCACUCGGAGGGGCCCCAAGAACUUAUGGGGGGACCCUCUGGACCCAGCGGCCCCAUUUGA